AUGGUCGUCUACCGCGCAAGCACGACGGCACCCGUCAACAUUGCCGUCGUCAAGUACUGGGGCAAGCGAGACCCAAAGCUCAACCUCCCCACCAACUCGUCCCUUUCCGUCACCCUCUCGCAAGAUGACCUGCGAGCCCUGACAACGGCCUCUGCUUCCGAGACCUACCACGAGGACACCUUGAUCCUCAACGGUUCGCCCUCCGAUCUGACAGGUGCUCGGACACAGGCCUGUCUCCGCGAGCUGCGCGCGUUGCGCACCGUCCUCGAGGAGAAGGACUCGUCGCUGCCCAAGCUCGCCCAUCUACCCCUCCUCCUCGUCUCCGAGAACAACUUCCCCACCGCCGCUGGUCUCGCGUCCUCUGCCGCGGGCUUCGCCGCCCUUGUUCGCGCCAUUGCCGACCUCUACCAGCUGCCCGCCUCGCCGACCGAGCUCUCUCGUAUUGCCCGCCAGGGCUCCGGAUCCGCAUGCCGCAGUCUGUUUGGCGGCUAUGUGGCUUGGCGCGAGGGCCAGCAGGCAGAUGGGCUCGACAGCAAGGCAGUAGAAGUCGCCCCCGCCUCCCAUUGGCCCAACAUGCGCGCCCUCAUCCUCGUCGUCAGCGCCACUAAGAAGGGUGUCAGCUCCACGAGCGGCAUGCAGCAGACCGUCGCCACCUCCGGUUUGUUUAAGCACCGUAUCGCUCAGGUGGUGCCAGAACACAUGGAUCGUAUGGAGAGGUCCAUUGCGCACAGGGAUUUCGCCGAGUUCGCAGAAGUCACCAUGAGAGACUCGAAUUCCUUCCAUGCCACCUGUGCGGAUACAUACCCUCCCGUCUUCUACAUGAACGACGUUUCCAGGGCGGCUGUUAGAGCAGUUGAGACCAUCAAUGCGACUGCCGGCAAGACAGUGGCCGCCUACACUUUCGAUGCUGGCCCUAACGCAGUUAUCUACUAUUUGGAUGAGGACAGCCAGGCUGUUCUGGGUACAUUCUACCCGCUACUGGAGAGUGUUGAAGGCUGGAAGCAAGGUGCAAGCUCCAAGUCCAACGUCCAGCUCGACGAGGCAGUGAGCGGCUCAUUGAAGAGUGGUGUGAGCAGAGUCAUCAUGACUGGUGUUGGAGAAGGCCCCAAGAAAUCGGAUCAAUAUCUCGUGUCGGAGGACGGAAAGCCUCUCUCCACCAGUGCAUAG